GUAAUGUCUGAUAUCUCUGUCUGAUGUUAUGUGAUAUGCGAUGCUGUGUCAGUAUGUUAGCUAACUGUCCCCAUGCCUGUCCUCUAGUGCCCCCUGUGUUUGUGGUGCGGCCCAGGAACCAAGUGGUGGCGGUGGGGAGGACCGUCACCUUCCAGUGUGAAGCAACAGGAAACCCUCAACCUGCUAUCUUCUGGCAGAGAGAGGGCAGCCAGAACCUGCUCUUCUCCUACCAGCCCCCCCAGCCGUCUAGUCGCGUCUCCGUCUCCCAGACGGGGGACCUGACUAUCACAGAUGCAGAGCGCUCAGACGUGGGCUACUACAGCUGCCAGGCCCUCAACAUCGCUGGCUCUGUCAUCACCAAGGCCCUGCUGGAGGUCACUGACGUUGUGUCUGAUCGCCCACCUCCAGUUGUCCGCCAGGGUCCGACCAAUCAGACAGUCUCUGUGGACGGGACGGUGGUUCUGAGUUGCCUAGCAAUGGGUAAGCCCACCCCCACCAUCAUGUGGAGGAAGGACGGGGUGUUGGUGUCCACUCACGACUCCCGGGUCAAACAGCUGGACACGGGUGCACUGCAGAUCCGCUACGCCAAG